AUGGCAGAGUACUACAGUUGUGGUAGUAUCGGUAAAACUAUCGGACGUUAUACCAAACACAACGGGCAAAGAAAUGCAGGGUCAGCAUUGAAGAUGAUUCUAUUAUGGGCUGAGACGAUAGCAGAUUACGCUGUAGGGUUGGACGUUAUAAACUGUAUCCAGUUAGAAUGUGCCGAUGUCACCAGUGUAAAUCCUUCCAAAGGAAGUACAAAUGGAGCGGUUCUGUUAACCAUUGCAGGUAAAGGCUUCGCCCAGAAUCAGUUUAACUAUGGAGCAGGAAACUCUCACCUCGGUAACAAUGUCACACUGGUGUCGGGGACCCAACAGUUUGACUGUCCCGUUCAGAAAGAUGGUACCCACGAGACACAGAUCCUGUGCACUACUCUUCGUAUGCCGGCUGACUCAUACUCAGUUAAAGUAGCUGUUGAUGGGGUUUCAAUCGACGACAGCAACAUAUGUAACGACUGUCCUUUUGCUUCUAGUGAUUCAAACACACCAACCGUUACUUCUAUUGAGCCUCGUUCUGGUCCUCCAGGUACAAUUAUAACACUUUCUGGAAAGAUCUUCACAGAUAUGUAUGGAAGUAACAAGGAUGAAAGUUCCAAUGGGAAAACAGUCAAUAUUGUACGAGUUUAUGUUGGAGGUCAAAAUUGUGAGCUGAAGCAAGCAGAUGACGUAUUUUAUGGGAUCCAGUUGGACAACAAUGGUGGCAGUGAUAAUGGUUAUAUCAAAUGUAAAAUCGGAGUGAAUGGCACUAAAAUAGGGAACAUCAAUGGCACUUUCAUCAUUUCUGAUGAGUACGGAAGGGCUGAACCAAGUAAGGACUUAUACCAAGUCAGUGGGAAUUACCAGUUCUACAUGUUCCAGACUUACGCUGAGAUAACCUCGGUCACCCCAGCCACUGGCAGUGUGGAGGGAGGAACCCUUAUCUCCAUCAACGGAAGUAACUUUGACGAAACCCGCACUGGUGCCGUUGUAAUGGUUGGAGGUACGCCCUGUACUAUAAAGGGCGCCGUGAGCAAAACACUGAUUACAUGCGAGACAGCAGCUAAACCAGUAUCGACUCCAGCCAGACAUGCAGGAAACCGUGGUCUAAAGCUUGAGAUCUGGAAUGCCACCACAAAGACACAAGCUCUUUUGUCCGAGGUUGGAGCUCUAGACAAUAGUGCCGCAGACUACUUCACGGAUUUCCUAGAUGAGGCAUACUACACUGACAGUACCAUGGAUAAUAUGGUCACGAAAAUGAGCGGAUUCUUCAAACCACCUUUUGACGGAUCCUACAGUUUCCAUAUCAUGGCAGAUGAUGGGGCUGAACUUUAUCUCAGCACUGACGAUGACCCUGCCAAUAUGGUGAGAAUUGCUUACGCGGGACUUACAAGCAACUAUGAUAGCGCCAUUAGUCAGAGUUCCUCAAGGAAAAACCUGGCCAAGGCUAACAGAUAUUAUAUGGAAGUCUAUCACCGUGAAGGAACAGUUGGGGCGUACGCCAAAGUUUCAGCUCGCUUCUACGAUACAAAUUUAACAAGGGCUUACACAAACAACGCUAAGCCGGAAGUUCAAAAGAUAGAGGUUACAUCUACCAUUAAACGUGAGAUCCAGGAUAUCACCUUCUCUGGUUUUACUACCGGAUCUUCGACCUCUGCUGUACAGGAAGUCACAAUUGAGGAGAAAGUAUCUGGAUCAGGAGGCCAGUUCAGAUUGUCCCUUUACAAUGCGUUUACAGAUUUAAUCGCGUUCCAGGCGGACUCCGCUGAUGUAGCGACAGCUAUCAAUAAGCUCCCAGUGUUUAGUAGCGGUGAAAGUGUAUCUGUUACGUCACAAACUACCUCCACGAACGGCUUCAAAUACACAAUCACCUUUACAUCGGAUAGGGGAGACUUCCCAGCCUUUGAUUUCGAGACUUCAGCCUCACUUACAGUGAGCGUAACCAAGACAACAACUGGAGUUCCGAGUGGUGCAAUGGUGGCUUUGUCGAUUGCUGGAGUUCCCGCACCGCUCUUGUCACCAGGGGCGCCAUCUAGCGAGGUACAAAAAUCAAUGGAGACACUCUUCAGCACAAGAUGUCCGUCACAUAUAUCGAGCCCUGCUGGAAAGAAAGUGCAGUACACAUUUGAAUCUUCCUCUUCUACCCCGUCCUACAACCGAUAUAACCGUUUUAAAGAAAUGGAAGCCUUCUGCGGCAAGUUUGUCGUCAAAAACCCGAGAUAUAUCUUCAGAUCUGAUUCAAACACUGAUCCACUUUCCUUGACGCUGAGCCCAAAGCUAUGUUUCGCUCAUCAAGGGGCUAUCGGGACUAACCUCAGGGUGUCGUACACAUACACAGACCAACAAUCAGAGUCUGUUGAUGCAUGGGCAACAUUGUCAAACGUCAUUACAACAACCGGAACUACAUCGUGGGAAUACAGCUGUGUCGAGGUCUUGACUGCUUUGAGCGCCAUCGCAACUGGAGGAAGCAGAUUUUUCCUGAAUACAGUAAUUGUCUAUCGUUCCGGAGAUAUGUACAUCGAUGAAGUGUACAUGGGUACAACAACGCCGACCACUGAUGCUGGAAUCGCGAUGCAACGUCUAAAGGCAGCCACACCAAACGGUGUACAAGUAGAUAGUGUCACAGUGACUGGGUCAGCAGGUAGUCACCAAGUUACCAUUGUCCCGCUUAAUUGUGGAUACAAUUUCCCACUUUUCACUUCCGCUUCGUCACAGACUCCUUCUGGAGCAAAUGUUACAGUGAACAGAGACCAAGCAGCAUCUCCUCCGAUCCAGGGCACGUUUACUCUAACAUUUCUAGAAACGACAACUCCUGCAAUGCCGGCCGACAUUGAUACAGACAGUUUAGCAGACAACUUGAAGUCAAUUGAGGGUCUCAAUGAUGCAUCGGUUACAAAAGACGGAGAUUGCGCCAAUUUCAAUUGGAUGAUAACUUACGACUCUUUGGCCGGGGACCAGGCGCUAAUUCAGGUUGACUCUAGUCGUCUUACAGGAGAAUCUGUUGUCAUGCUACCUAAAGAUGUGACAGACGGCCAUGUUGUUUUUGAUCCUAUACCAGGGGAAUUACUCAGAGUUCCCGAUAGUAAAGCACAGGUGACGACAUUUAUCAAUGAUGUGCCGACUAAAUGUUCUGGAACAUGUGACUUUGAAUGGUUAAUGAGUAGUACGCCUACAGUAACAAGCAUAUCUCCGGGUACAGGGCUCUCUGGUACAGUUGCUACCAUCUCCGGGACGGGGUUCAGUGGAACACCUGCUGAAAAUUCUGUAAUGAUUGGAGGCACGGCCUGUGUUGUGACUGGAUCCACAUCUACAUCAAUUACUUGUAUAAUUGGCAGCGGCCCAGAGGGCAUUUACAAGGUAGAUGUCAAUGUGGCAGGUUCUGGAAUGGCGCAACACAGUGGUGGUGACGUCAGUUACAUCUAUACUACAGGAAUCAACAGUUUCACACCAUCGUCCAGUAGUUUAGGCGGUGGCGUAAAUCUGACUGUUGAUGGAUAUGGCUUCAGGAGUGAUGCAACAGUGACCGUAGAUGGUCAAAACUGUCCAGUCAUCUCCACAUCCCCUGACCAGAUAGUGUGCGUCAUACCUCCCAAGACAUCAGCUGGGGCUGUAUCUGUGGUUGUGGCCAUGGCGGGAGUUCCGUCGUCUACAGCCUCAAGCUCAUUUACAUAUGAUUCUGGAAUCACCGCUCAGAUCUCUUCCAUUACUCCAACAACAUCAGGGGUUAAAGGUGGAGCUACAAUAACGAUCUCCGGGUCAGGAUUUGGCAGCUCUGGAACAGUAAUCAUUGGUGGUACAGUUGUCUCCCCUUCGAUAUAUUCGAACACGCAAGUGACCGCUACCCUUCCAUCGCUUACUCCAGGAUUGAAGGCUGUUCAAGUUGUCGUUGGAACAGAUGGCGCUGCUGUUCUUUCUAGCUCAAAUGCUGUGCCUACAGUUGACUACCUCAUGAAAGUCACCAACGUUUACCCACUUCAAGGCUCGCUCCAUGGAGGGACCAUGGUUACCAUUACCGGAGACGGUUUGGGUUCUGAUGCUGAAGUAAAAUUUGGAGAUACCGUCUGUGAUGUUGACGCUGCAACUGCUACGUCAACGCAGAUCGUAUGCAAAAUUGGUGACACAGGAAUAGUCCACAAUAUUGACAAUCAGGGAUCGCAUUUCGCUUUUGGCAUUGGUUAUGCUUGGAACCCAAAGAACCUACAAGUGAAUCAGGGUGACACGGUUCGCUGGACUUGGAACUACCCAACCUGGGUGGCCGGAAUGAAGCCGAGAGUGCAACAGACCACUAAUGCUAGUUCUAUUGAAGCCGAAACCGAUGGUUUCAGUAGUGGUCCCACUGGAACAAAAACAGGCGCUUUUGAAUUCAAGUUUAAUACAUUGGGCACCAAAUACUUUUGGAGUGAUUAUGUAGAUAUCUAUACAACUACAUGGUUCCGAGGGUCCAUUAGCGUUGUUGGAGACUUAAGUGUCAAAAUUGGUGGAAUUGAGGCUGUCUAUGACAAGAAUUCGGGUGUUGACAACCCUUCAGCGUCCGGAUCCUGUGUCGGUACACUU